GUCGUCGAACGCUAAGCAACAUAUUCAUAAAAAGUUGUCUAGCCAUCAAAUAAAUAGAUGUUUGUCGUCGCGGUGGUGGCAAUUAUGAAAUAAUCGCUUUGCGGGUGUGCUAAAAAGAAACAGCGCGUUCAAUUCUUCAGAUAUCCCAAUACUAUAUAAUAUAGAUCAACCAUGGCGACCGAAACAACGAAAAUGAUCUACACACCACCUCCGCUGGACAUCAAAAUGGAAAUUGAAAUUGGUGAUCCACCCCAACCCCCUGUGACGUUGUCCAACUUCUUGGCCAAUCAUUGGAAGGGUUUGGUUGUCUUCCUGGUACCGCUGCUAUGUUUGCCGGUUAUGAUUCUGAACGAGGGCCCAGAAUAUCGUUGUAUGUACCUACUUAUGGUUAUGGCCGUGUUUUGGGUGACAGAAGCCUUACCACUAUAUGUGACCUCCAUGAUGCCCAUUGUGGCAUUUCCUUUAAUGGGUAUAAUGGCCUCCGAUGAGACUUGCCGGUUGUACUUCAAAGAUACGCUGGUGAUGUUCAUUGGCGGUAUUAUGGUUGCCCUUGCUGUGGAAUAUUCUAAUCUGCACAAGCGUCUCGCCCUGAGAGUAAUCCAGAUCGUGGGCUGCAGUCCCAGAAGAUUACACUUUGGCCUGAUUUUGGUUACAAUGUUUUUGAGUAUGUGGAUCUCGAAUGCCGCCUGCACAGCAAUGAUGUGCCCAAUUAUCCAAGCUGUGCUGGAGGAGCUUCAGGCACAGGGCGUCUGCAAGAUGUACCAUGAACCUCAAUACCAAAUUGUCGGAGCCAACAAGAAAAAUAACGAAGAUGAGCCACCAUAUCCCACCAAGAUCACUCUGUGCUACUAUUUGGGCAUUGCCUACGCCUCCUCGUUGGGCGGCUGUGGAACCAUCAUUGGAACUGCCACCAAUCUGACCUUCAAAAGUAUUUACGAAGAACGUUUCAAAAAAUCCACAGAGCAUUUGGACUUUCCCACAUUCAUGUUCUACUCGGUGCCUUCUAUGCUGGUGUACACCUUUCUGACAUUCCUGUUCCUGCAAUGGCACUUCAUGGGUCUGUGGCGUCCCAAGAGCAAGGAGGCUCAGGAAGUCCAGCGGGGCAAAGAAGGCGCCGAUGUGGCCAAGAAGGUGAUCGAUCAGCGCUACAAGGAACUGGGCCCCAUUUCCGUCCACGAGAUUCAAGUGAUGAUUCUGUUCAUCUUCAUGGUUAUAAUGUACUUCACCCGCAGUCCGGGCAUCUUUCCGGGCUGGGCCGAUUUGUUGAAAGCCAAGAAAAUUGGCAACUCUAUGCCCACCAUCUUCGUCGUGAUCAUGUGCUUUGUCUUGCCUGCUAAUUAUGCUUUCCUGCGUUAUUGCGCAAAGCGCCGUGGCCCCGUGCCCACGGGUCCCACUCCCUCUCUGGUUACCUGGAAGUUCAUCCAGACCAAAGUGCCAUGGGGCUUGGUGUUCCUGCUGGGCGGAGGAUUUGCUUUGGCGGAGGGAAGCAAACAGAGCGGCAUGGCCACGAUGAUUGGUAACGCCCUGAUUGGAUUGAAGGUCCUGCCCAACGCUGUGCUCCUAUUGGUAGUCAUCCUGGUGGCUGUGAUCCUGACCGCUUUCAGCUCGAACGUGGCCAUUGCCAACAUCAUUAUUCCCGUGUUGGAUGAGAUGUCACUGGCCAUUGGCGUUCAUCCACUGUACCUGGUCCUGCCCGCCGGCUUGGCCUGCAGCAUGGCCUUCCACCUGCCGGUGAGCACUCCGCCCAACGCUCUAGUUGCGGGCUAUGCCAACAUUAGGACAAAGGACAUGGCUAUCGCCGGAAUUGGACCAACCAUCAUUACCAUCGUCGUCCUGUAUGUUUUCUGUCAAACCUGGGGCCUGGUCGUCUAUCCCAACCUCAACACUUUCCCCCCAUGGGCGCAAGCAUACGCCGAGGCAGCGCUGGGAAACAAGACGCACUAGUUAGUUAGUCUUUAGUGUGAAAUAAUUCACAAAUCAAGAUCAUAAAAUUGUAGGGAAUUGUACAAGAAAAGUGCCUUUGCUGACAGCGAAAAGUGUGAAACUAUAUUUAACGACACCUGCAUUUCUGAAUUGCGUAAUGUUUUCAAACGAAAGCAUUAACUAUUGUUUAGCAAAACGUGUUAGAAAGAGUUAACAUAAUAUUUGAUCAGGCUUUUAACUCCUGGUUUGAGAACUCAGCUAAAUAUUUAAAUACAAAAUAAUGUUACUUAAUCGUUGCAUUUAGCAAAAAGAUUUCGGAAAUGUGAACAAAUUAAGUUCAAUGGCAGCGCUGGCUUGCCAAUAUUUUUAAAAACUAGACUGAGAGAACGUACAUAUUUCAAACAUGUUUUGCAAUUUGUAAAAAUUUAAUAUAAACAAUUUACUCAAUACUUGAUUGCGAAACGAAAGCACACAAAUAGCCUUAGUAUAAGAUUAAAAGAUAAUGUGUAAAUUUUCAAAUAAAAAUAAAAAGCUCAAAUGUU